GCCGAACCCGAAGCAGGUUCUCAGGGAUGAGGAGGGAAGAGCCCGAGCUGCUCUCUCACAACAAACAGGUGUGACAGUGUGUUACUUUGUGUUUGCCAGCAGGACCCAUGACCCUGACACGAGGAUCCUUCACCUACUCAAAUGGCGAGGAGUACCACGGCGAAUGGAAAGAAGGUCUGCGUCACGGCCGGGGUCAGCUGACCUUCAGCGACGGGACCUGCUACACCGGACAGUUUGAGAACGGCCUGUUCAACGGCUGCGGGAUGCUGGUCUUCACCGACGGCUCCAGGUACGAAGGGGACUUUGUGCAGGGGAAGUUCCAAGGCGUGGGCGUCUUCACCCGCUUCGACGGGAUGAGGUUCGAGGGCGAGUUCAGAAGCGGAUGUGUGGACGGCCACGGGGUCCUGACGGCGGUGGACGGGGGUCCCGGAGGUGGAACCAGCAGCCACGAGGGCCUGUUCGAGACCAACCAGCUGAUCAGGAGAGAGAACGGCCAGGGGGCGGUGCCGAGGGCGCAGGCAGCCGCCGCCCGGGCCCGGGCUCUGGCCAUGUGA